AUGCCCCCGAAGCGAUUUAAUCCUUUCAGAAUUCCAGACAAACUUCUCAAUGAUCAAAUCCUCACUGAAAUCAUUCAGAAUUACUUGCCUAGAAACUACAAUUUUGAGAUUCACAAAACUAUCUGGCGAAUUCGCUGUCUGAAGGCUAGAUGUGUGGCACUACAAAUGCCCGAAGGCCUACUGCGUUUCGCAACCACUCUGAGUGAAAUUUUUCAAAGAUUUGGGAGCGCAUCCUACAAAUUCAACGAUGAAGACCCGGAGCAGGAGAAAGCCGAUGAUGCUUCGUCCGAAGUCGACAUAAUCAUCCUUGGGGAUGUAACCUACGGCGCGUGUUGUAUAGAUGAUUUCACCGCCAAAGCUCUAGGUGCUGAUCUCCUUGUACAUUAUGGACAUAGCUGUCUCAUUCCUAUUCAAAGCUUGUCUGUCUUGUAUGUUUUUGUUGACAUUGCAUUCGAUAUGGCUCACUUCAUUGAUAGUAUUAAAACUAUCUUCCCCAGCAAUGCAUCUUUCGCACUUUUCUCAACAAUCCAGUUUGUCUCAAGCUUGCCCGCUAUCAAAAAGUCCCUUCAGGAAGGUGGAUUCAAAAUUAUCAUUCCCCAGCGCCUUCCUCUUUCACCGGGAGAAUUGCUUGGGUGUACGUCACCGAAGGUAUCAGGAGUAGAUUUCAUGGUCUUCAUCGGUGACGGCCGAUUCCAUCUUGAGUCAGCAAUGUUAGCGAAUCCUACCCUGCCUGCUUACUUGUACGAUCCUUACAACAAAGUCCUGACACAUGAGUCCUACGACCACGCGUUGAUGCGGACCAACCGCAGACGUUCGAUUGAAACUGCUCAGUCGGCUCAGCGCUUUGGCAUCAUCUUAGGUACACUUGGACGUCAAGGCUCUCCACCAGUGGUUCAUUUGCUCCAAAGACGAAUUGAAGAGCUUGGGCGAAACUUUUUUGUUGUUCUGCUCUCCGAAAUAUUUCCAGAUAAGCUAAAGCUCUUUGGCGAUAAGGUGGACGCUUGGAUACAAGUGGCGUGUCCACGACUAAGUAUAGACUGGGGAAUGGAAUUCGAGAAACCUCUGUUGACGCCCUACGAAGCCGCCGUGGCGUUGGGUAUGGCGGACGGUAAGUGGAGUGAUGCAAGGCCCUAUCCCACGGACUACUACGCCUACGACAGUUUGGGACCCUGGACACCUAACCAUGUUGACAAUCGCCUCAAUGUCCGUGUGCCCUCUCUGCGACCGUCCAAGAAGUCCCCGACAGCCUGUUGUGAUCACAAUAAGUGCAAUCAUGCCAAAAUAGGGUGGAACUCCUUGGGUCUUCUCUACAGUGGUCAGAAGGUGUCGGAACCGGUGCCCUUCGUAAAUGUCAGGGUUUUUUGCUUGAACCAAACUGCUCCAUUGUCGACGAAUCUCACUUACUCUUAUGACAAGAAUGUACCACGGAUGGUUCUCCUAAGCUUUUCCUAG